UUGGAUCUACAUUAUGGUGAAGUGACAUCUCUUUGGCGAGAGCUGCUCUGGAAAACUGUAAAUAUUUACUAAACAUCAGUAUGUUUACCGGAGUUAGUUUACGCUUGAAUAGGAAGCAACAGAUGCAGUGGAAUCGUGGCAGCACUGUGUGAAAGUGUCUCUUACUGCAUCUUUUCGGAGACAAUAUUUUCCUCACACCUGCGAGAGAUGGGGAAAAGGAAAGAAAGCAGUUCCGACGAUGAAGGUGUAAUUGACAAUACACCAAUAAAGAAGCACAAGAAACACAAGCAUAAGAGGCAUAAGAAACGCAAAACUGCAGAAGAUGGUACAGAGUAUGAAGAUACUGAGCAGGCUAAAGCAGCAGCCUUCAGACUUAAAAUUAAGUUUCAGAAAGAAGCAGCUGAAAAGAAUGCAACGAAUGUGCAAGAAAAAUCUAAAGAUAAGUCGUCUCCUACGAAACCUGUCGAAAAACAAGGGUCUUCGCCGAAAGCAUCAAAAAAGAAGAGAGUCAAAGGAAAGGAAAGUGGAACGUCGAGUGAAGAGGAGAGGUGGUUAGACGCAAUAGAAUCUGGUAAGCUGGAAGAAGUUGAUGACGAACUGAAGAAAAUUAAGCCGAAGGAUCCCAAGUUGAUGACUGCAAGACAGAGGGCUAUGUUCGAGCGGAAAACCGAUAAAGAAUGUGGGCCUGAAUCUGAACAGCUGUUGGCGUUGCCUUCUGGAUAUAAAGAAAAGGUAAUGACAGCAGAAGCUAUUGAAAAGGCAGCAUUAAAAUCGAAAAAGCGAAAACAGUUAGCAAACGAGAAGCGCGAGAAAGAUAAGAAAAAGACAAUGGAACGAUUAUUGAAGAAACAGGAAUCAAAAUCGGGAAAAGCAACUAUCAAGCACAGAACAGAACGUCAGCAAGGGCCAUGUGAGACCUAUUAUAAUGGAACGUUGGGUGUAGUACUAGCAAUGCCGCCUGGUGCAGACUUUCCUAUCAAACCUCAGAAAGCUCCAGCAGUGCCUGUUAUGAAGUACUGCGGCGUUUCAGGUUGUAAAAAUAUCAAGAAAUAUUCUUGUUCAAAAACAAAAGUACCACUUUGUAGUUUAGAGUGUUAUAAGCGUAACUUGGAGCUAUGGAUGUCAUGAACAUGCCCUACAUUUAAGGAACUGUUACAUUUGUGAAUUGUUAAUUAUUCAGAAAUUGCCCAAAGAGACUUGAGAAUUGUACAAGGUGCAAGGUAACAUUUAUUUAUAUUUAAAAGAAGGUGUAAAAUUGUUUUUUAUUCACAUUUUUUAAUACAGAACAUCAUAACAUAGGUGCCCUACAUAUUGUUCUUAAUCUGACUGUAAUUACACACAUACACAAAUAUUUAUUUCCAGACCGCUAGUGGGAAACAGCACAGUGCUAAAUUCGAUUGUGAUAAGAAUGGAAUUUAACACUAUGCUUGUAACAUACUUCGUGUCUUGCAAGCAGUUUUAUAUCCUUGUUUGGGCCUUAUGCAAAGACAAAUGAAGGUGAUGUUCAACUCAUCUGAAAGUUAUGCAGCUGGUAGAGCAUUAAAGUGCUGUAGGAACAUUCCAUGCUUUUGGGUGUGAACAGGUUUCCGGCAAUGUAAUAAGAUUAAUACAUCACAUAUCAUUUUUAUUAUUUUCUAGAACAUAGUGAACAGUUUUCCCACCACAGAAUUCACAGACAAAUGUGAGUUUGUGAUGGUUCCCCCACCUGAAAUGUUGGUUGCCGUGACAGACUGAUUUGUUGUGUAGUGCGAGAUCUAGGUUUGGUUGUAAGCUGCUAAGUAUUUCAGAGUUGUUUUGUUACAAUUGAUGAGCCACACUUUUCCUGUUUCUGAUGACUUCAGUUGCCUGUUAAACUGAAUAGGUAAUUGCACCAAGUUUGUAAUAUACUAUAAACUUUUUACAACACGUAGAAAUAAAACAGAAAUAACAUUUUUCAAUAUGAA